UUAAUAUUAUACACCGAUUUUUCUAAAUCAAAUGGCGACGGCGGAAGAAGGCGGAGCCACCACCACCGCUUACGGCGGCGGCGGAGGAGGAGGAGCUGGGAGAAAGUUUCGCAAGAAGCCCUUCCGCAAAACGACGACGCCUUACGAGCGCCCCGCCAUCGCCUUCCGCGGCAAUGGAGGCAGCAGCUGGUUGACGAAGUUGGUGGUGGACCCCGCCUCCAAGCUCAUUUCGUAUGUGGCGCGCCGCUUCUUCGAUUCUGUUUUCCGCAAAAAACGCAUGCCGCCGCCUCCUCCUGCUCCUCCCCAGACAUCAGUUGGAUCGACUGGCGGUGCAACUGCUCCAGUUUUUGGUGCUGGUUUGAGCUCUUCAGGUUCUUCUUCAGUAACCACCGGCUCCUUCAGCAGUGCCCCUUCUUCAACUGGUGGUGCCGCUGCUCCAGUCUUCAGUUUCGGUACGACCUGUUCAGGUUCUUCUUCAGUCUUCAGCAGUGCCCCUUCUUCAACUGGUGACUUCAGUUUCGGUACGACCUCUUCAGGUUCUUCUUCAGUCUUCAGCAGUGCCCCUUCUUCAACUGGUGUCUUCAGUUUCGGUGCGACCUCUUCAGGUUCUUCUUCAGUCUUCAGCAGUGCCCCUUCUUCAACUGGUGUCUUCAGUUUCGGUACGACCUCUUCAGGUUCUUCUUUAGUCUUCAGCAGUGCCCCUUCUUCAACUGGUGUCUUCAGUUUCGGUGCGACCUCUUCAGGUUCUUCUUCAAUCUUCAGCAGUGCCCCUUCUUCAACUGGUGUCUUCGGUUUCGGUACGACCUCUUCAGGUUCUUCUUCAGUCUUCAGCAGUGCCCCUUCUUCAACUGGUACGACCUCUUCAGGUUCUUCUUCAGUCUUCAGCAGUGCCCCUUCUUCAACUGGUGUCAAAUAA